AUGCUUUUCGCUCUACUGUCUUCAGUGAUGCUCAUAAGAAACGUAUGGGCAGGAGCUGUGGAUCUUAACUGUACAAUAUAUGAUGGUGGUGCCCUUAAGUACGCUGACUCGGCGGUAAACUGUGAGGAUAAAUUGUCGACCGCCAAUUGCGCCAUCUUAUACCCCAAAAACCCAUCAGCGGCCGCAGGGGCAGCUGUGGAUCGAGAUCCGAAAUGCGGUGGAGAUCAAGCGAUAGAUCCUCAAUUGGUUCAAGCGGCGGUUGAUCUUUGUCCCAAAACGUGUGGCUACUGUUGUCUCACACCUGCCUUUUCGUGCAAUGACAAGCUGCAGCCAAGGAUACCAUGCUCGUCAGUUACGAAGGUAAUGUGUGAAAAUAAUGCCUGGAAGAAGAUUCUUAGAAGAGGACUGCCCGAAAACCUG